UAUAACCAUUGCAUUACUUACCUUGGUGAAUAUAACACUAUAAAUAAAAUGCCAUUAAAAUCGCAUUUCCUAGAAAAAAACACACACACACAAAAACAAAUUAUAAUGAAUGGACCUACAACAACACGUCAUUAACGUUGUAAACACGCAGCGAAACUGUCGGAAGGAAGGGAACGAGAGCGGGACUGGGAUAUGAAAAACUUUGACAAUGCUAAAGCUUUGUGCAAAAGAAACAGCAAUCACGUGAAAGGUGCGAAUUGAAAAGGGACGCAGACAACUUAAUUUACAUGUUUGCUUUAUCGCUGAUUCUGAUAACGGCUUAAUCGUGCCUCAACUCUCGCGUAAGCUCGCUCUCUUCGGGCUGCACUUGCCAACGCGCGUGCCCUCUCUCGCUCUAUCAGUCUCCGUCUCGUGUUCUCGUUCGACCGGCUUCACGUGCGCCGGUUCAAGUGCAGCUUCUAAACACAAAUAAUAACAGUUACAAGACCAACAACAACAACAACAACAGCUACACCGGCUGCAGCAGCUGGUGCAAACUAGUUCGAUAAUAUAUCGAAAAAGCCGCUCAUCAGCAAAAACAAAGAGCAACAACAAAAACCUGUUGCGAAGGUCAAUGAACAGGCAAAACACAAAACGCAAUUGCAAUGCACAGUUACUGUUGUUGUAUUUAUGUAUAAAUUAAUUAGUAUAUUUGUAGAAAACGCCAACAAGUUUUAAUUGCUUAAAAUUUGAAAUUCUUCUCGUUGCCUAAGUUAAAGUAAAUAAAAUAGCCAAAUUUAGCUAUAAAUCGAAAAGAAAAGACGUCACAAGAAGACGCAUGCAAUGCAGCCAUAAAUAAACUGUUAUUAAUGGAAAUCACAUGAAAACAAAAUUGAAAUGAAAUCACAACAAACACACAGACACAAAGGAAGCCACGCUGUCAACAAUAAAUUCUUUUCAAAUCACUUUUCUAGUAGCUGGAACUAGCUAAGUGUUCCGGGGAGCUGUUAGGGGUAGUUCCACAACAACAAGCAACAACAAUAACAACAAAAGUGUGCCAAGCGCACGUACAUUUUAUCAAUGCUCAGCGGGCAUUAGCGGUCCCAACGAAAAUUAUAUAUUAAAAGACACGCAGACACGCCGGAGACGGGCUGGAGUACGGCUAAUGAAGCGCUCGCCGGGCGAACGACAACAGCAACAACGACACUAAUGACGAUGAUAAUAAUGAUGACAAUAAUGAUGCGAAUGAUGACAAAACAUGGUUGGAGAAUGACAAGCGCCCACUAAUUAUGAUAAAUGCAAUGUAGAUAAUAAGCAAAAUCCCAAAGAACCAACAGCUCGAAGCAAGUAAAUCACACACACACACGCACGCAUACACACACACACUGCACAAGGAACUCCCGCGUGGAAACAAGAAAAUAAGAAAGAGGCAGAAGCAGAAGCAGAAGCGCCAACAAUGUCAAAAUAUCAAAAACUUGACAACGCGUUGGCACCCACAAUGCACGAUGACGAUUACGAUGAGAGUUUUUCACUCUAUGGGGAUGAUAAGCAGCAUCAACAGCAGCAGCAGCAGCAGCAUACCAAUCCUAGCAGCAAUCAUAUAAGACUGAAUAACAGCACUCACAUGCCAAAUGGUAAUCCCAAAUAUCACUAUAACUCCUCCCCCAACAACAACAACAACAACAGCAGCAGCAGCAAUGGGAAUGGGAGUGGCAAUGGCAAUCUGGAUCCAAUGAGAGGCAGCAGAGCCGAAGCCUUGGAUCUGGAGGAGCACACGUGGGAGGUGCCAUUGCUGCGCAGCGGCGGCGGCAGCAGCAGCAACAAUAGUCACAUUAAUUUGCAGCUGGAUACGAGCAUCGACACUUUUGUCGCCUGUCGCAGCGCUCAGCCGGGCUUUGGCGCGAACCUUAAAAGCAAAUCGGCGCAGGAGGCGAAAUUUAAAAUUCUGCUUGCAAUUUCGCUCUGUUGCAUAUUCAUGAUUAUUGAAUUCCUUGGCGGCUAUAUAGCCGGAAGUCUGGCCAUUAUGGCCGAUGCGGCGCAUUUGGCAUCUGAUUGCAUUAGUUUCGUCAUCGGCCUGGUCGCCAUUUGGCUGGGCGCCCGACCGCCAGAUGCACGCAUGUCCUUCGGUUACAAACGUUUUGAGGUCGUCGGCGCCUUGAUCUCCAUCCUGGGCAUUUGGCUGCUGACGGCAAUGCUCGUCAUUGUUGCCAUCGAACGCAUUUGGUCGCUGCAGUUCGAGCUAGAUGUUAAUGUCAUGAUGUGGAUAUCGGCCAUUGGCAUUGUCAUCAAUGUUGUCAUGAUGUUCGUAUUGCAUGGCUCCUGGUUUAUGGGGCCCAGUGGCCAUGGCCACAGUCACAGUCACGGUCACAGUCACAAUCACAAUCACAAUCACAGUCACAGUCACGGUGAUGGGCAUGGGCGUGAAACCAUUGGAAGCCCCAGCGAGGACGCGCAUAAUGUUGUCAUGGCAAAUGGCUUAAAGUCAAUCCAGCCCAAUGGGUCGAGCGAACGCAAUCUUAACCUGCGAGCCGCAAUGAUUCAUGUGAUUGGGGAUCUGGUGCAGAGCAUCGGCGUCUUUCUGGCGGCCAUACUAAUCAAAUUCUAUCCGGGCGCCAAGUUCGUGGAUCCAUUGUGUACGCUGCUCUUCUCGAUAAUUGUGAUUAUGACCACAGUGCAGCUGUUCCGUGAGUCUGUCGGCGUCCUCUUGGAUGCGGUGCCGCGGAAUGUGUGCCUGGCGACGCUGCAGCACGAGCUGUGCGGCAUUGAGGGUGUCAAAUCGGUACAUCAUGUGAAUGUCUGGCAGCAUACGAGCGACUACAAUGUGCUGAUGGCUCAUCUGGUUGUGGAUGGGCUAAGCGACCCGAAUGUUGUGGUGGAGCUGGCCACCCAACUGGCCUGUGGCAGCAGAUACAAUAUCAAACAUGCGACCAUACAAAUCGAACGUUUGACUGAGUAAUUCAAUUGCGCAAUUAGCCAUAGCUUAAUUACGUCUUAUCAUAACCCCUAGAAAUAUGUUAGACAACAACAGCAAUUUAUAUACGAAACGACCAAAAAGGCGUCUGGCGCGGCAACAAUUCAUGUGAUCCUAUUGAGAGAUAACUAGAAAUCGUAUUCAGGUCUCUUCAAUUGUUUUUUUUUUUUAUUAAUGCUGUAGAUAAAUGUUAUUUCUAGAUUGUACAACAAAAGAAAAAGCACAAAUGCACAUUAAGUAUACGUAAUAAAUAUAAAAUUUAGCUUUUAAUAUAUUAA